AGUGGUUUGAAGUGACCAUGGAUGGGGUGAGCCACCUGCAGUGGUUGCCAGAGGGGCAGGUGUUCCUGGCUGGCUGUGCCGCCUCAGCCCCAGGGUUGUGGCCUUAGAAGUGCAGUGUAGCCCUAUGCCGAGGUGUUGCAGCUCUUGUCAGUCUGAAACGAGGUACCGAGUGGCCCAAAGAAAGGUGGUUCCGUGACACAUCUGACAUGUCCACCACCCUAAAACAGGUAACAAUGCUGCCUGGGUUUGUGUGAGGAGAACGCCUCUGCAGGGGUAACAUGUCUGUAAGGAGCCUUACAGCAGUGCCAGGUUUGGCUGAGCUACCAUACGCUGUGCCUGCCUGGGACUCCAUUUCAUGUUACCCACUCAAAAUGUGGGCUUAGGUUCAGCUAAACAAACUGGAGCUACCCACACUUAGACACUGAGCCUGCUCCACAUAAACCAUCCCAGACUGACAAGACAUACAGAACUCAGUGCUGAAAUGAGACAUAUUUGAGAUCCCUCAAGGGAAGAAGAGGAGAUGGAGUUGGGGGCCUCUUCAUCCUCCACCUCAUCAUUACCAAAAGCAGAAGAAGAUCACUCCUAUGCUAGGCCAUGAAAACUGUCUUCCCCUUCCCAUCUGUCACUGGUGGUGAGAGUAAUCUGGAAUUAACAUCACAAUGACAGUGAGGUCUAACAGCAACAUACUUUGAUGACAUCUCCAGGGCAUUAUCAGAAGAGAAAUGUUCACAGAAACUUUUCCUGUAUAGUGGAUGAAUAAGAGGUUGAAGGAAUACUACACACAGCAGCAGUAUAGUUGACUGAAUCCCCUUUCCCUUGGAUAACUUCACUGUAAGCAGAACUGUGGUACCAUUGCAAAAGUGGAGUGUGCUGAAGGGUAGAUUUUGAUGUGUUGAGCAUCAGAUUAAACUUUGAACUCCCACAAACAGCAACGGAAGUCUUUUGAAAGUACCUCACCAAGAAGCUGGCUCCCAAAAGUUGUGACCCAGGAUUUUGUAAGCCUCUUGAAGUUCUGCUGCACACAUCUAUCUUGUAGCUGCUUCUGGUGAAUAUGUCUAUGAAGCACUUAAAAUGGAGUUUUUUGGCACUCUCGAUGCUUUCUGUCAUAAUAACGACAUGGUACAUGACACUUCCUUCGCAUACUGUGCUAGAGCACACAAACUGGAUGUAUUUCUAUGAAUAUGAGCCAGUUUACAAGCAGAACUUCCUCUUCACACUGCGGGAACGUUUGAAAUGCAAAGAUACAAAUCCGUUUCUGGUCAUCUUGGUGUCUUCACAACCUAUGAAUAUAGAGGCAAGGCAGGCCAUUAGAGUAACAUGGGGUUCUAAAAAAUCCUGGGGGGACAGUCAGGUUCUAAUACUGUUCUUACUAGGACAAGGAGCUGAAAGAGAAGACAGCUUAGCAUUAUCGAUAGAAGAUGAAAGCAUUCUGUAUGGCGACAUAAUUCGCCAAGAUUUUAUGGAUACUUACGACAAUCUUACCUUGAAAACAAUCAUGGCAUUCAGAUGGGUGUCUGAGUUUUGUUCAAAUACUAAAUACGUUAUGAAGACUGAUUCUGAUGUUUUCAUCAAUGCUGGCAACUUAUUAAUGUUUCUUCAAAAUGUCAAUUCUUCAGACAGUUUUUUUACUGGUUACCCUCUAAUUGAUAACUUUUCCUACAGAGGGUUUUACAAAAAAACAUAUAUUUCUUAUGAUGAAUAUCCAUUUAAGGUGUAUCCUCCCUACUGUAGUGGAAUGGGGUAUAUACUUGAUGGAAAACUGGCUCUGAAGAUUUAUGAAAUGAUGAGUCAUAUCAAACCUAUUAAAUUUGAAGAUGUUUAUGUUGGCAUUUGCUUAAAUAUACUAAACGUGAACAUCCAUAUUCUAGAAGAUACACAACUCUUCUUUUUAUACAAAAUUAACUUUAACAUCUGUAAAUAUAGACACUUGAUUGUGGUACAUGGUGUGUCUUCAAGUGAAAUGAUCAGAUUUUGGCAGGAUUUAUUGACAGACACUUCACUUACUUGCCACUGAUCCCAAUUAAUAUAGGUCUGUCAAAAGCUGACUGCUUUGUCCUGGCCUCUUGGUUUGAAUUGCACUGUAGAAAGUGUCUAAACUGAGUUUUGUAGAACAAGGAAAUGAAAAUAGGGUUUUAGAAAGGAUCACUCAGGCUUAUGGGACCACCCUGAUUACGAGGUACCAUUAAAACAGCAGAAUAUCUCUAUAGAGGGUUUUCAAUAUGGUGGUUUUCAGUUGAGAAUGAGACUUGCACCUUUUUUAUUCCAGAAUUAUUUAGAUUAUAUAGUAACAGUAUUCUGCUCACUCUACCCCUCUGCUUCAUUUCUGAACAGUCUGCUGCAAGUAUGGGGUCAUCCUGCCACUUCCCCAGGAAUCUGUUGUCCUGGGAUUUAUGGAACUACAGUAGCAGCAUCCCUUUUUUCCUCAAAGAACUCUCCCACAAACCUAGACCCUGGGGCAAACUCCUAUCUGUUUUCCUUCAUAUGGAUACCCAGCCCACUCUAGGGAAUGUCUCAUCCUGUGUCCCCAUCAACACAUGAACUCCUCCUCUGCACUUCAUGAUGCUCAAAGUUGCUUGCUUAGUCAACACUAAUGAUUCCUUUAGAAAUAUUGUGCCAAGGUUUUCAAAAUUAGGAUCUUAAAAUUAAACAGCUGUAUUUUCACUGAAGUCAGCAGAAUUUCUAGGUACUCAGCAUUUCAGAAAAUCUGGCUGCCUUUUUUAGGUGCCUAUAUAUGUAUUUUAUAGAAUUGCUUUAAUGGCUCCAGGCAGGGAGAAUAAGCAAUGAGAUUUGCUGUGAAACUUGCCAGUUUAAAUGGCUUUCAAAUGCUGAGAUCAGCUUCCAUUUGCAAAAUGAACUCUUUGCUUCAGAGUUUAAAAUAAAAAUUUGGAAAUAUUGUUUCUAGACUUUUCUCUAACAGGAAUUUUAACAAAAGAAAACAAAUGCAAUUUCAUAUGUAAAGACCAGUAUUUUAUUGUCUUAGUCAUAUCAGCAAGGCCAUGUUUCCAGUAGUUUACGCUUCUGGUAGACAAUACAGAAUCUGCAAUUGCAUUAUCACAGUUAUUAUUCUUGAUACAUCUAAAAUCUAUCACAUACCAAAGAUACAACAGUUACAUCCUGUACAUCUAGCACUGCCACUUCACUUCUAGUUAUACUGUAGCUAAUGUUAUGAUAUUUACAUUUAAUUUGACUUUUAAAUAGUCUCUUAGAGACAAAUGUAGAAUAGGUAUAAAAAAACUCCACCACUAAUACCAAGAAUGAGGUUUCAUCAAUAUUUUUUAUGUGCACUAUGAACAAAAUUCAACAUUGAUAACUUUGUAAUAAUAACAGCUUAUUAUUUUAAACCUACUAUGACUUGAACAUUUGUUUAUUUUAAUAGUGAGUGUUUGCCCCAUGAACACUGAUAUUCAGUAUAGCCGGACAGUGGUUAAUAUUGCUUUAAAAAAAUACUUUAGGUUGAAUCACAAAGACUUUGCGGUCUUCACAAAGCUCAUGUAAGGCAGACGGCUCCAGCUGAGAAAAUAAGUAUGACAUUAAGAGAAAAGUAACUAACUUUCUCCAAGCAAGAUAUUUUUGUGCCUGACAAGGUUCUAUGGCCCAGAGUGAGAAACACUGAUCAGCGAUGGCAGGGCUUUUGCCUUCAGAAAUGUAGAUUUAUACAGAGUUUAUUCAACCUGAAAUUGUAACUUAAAGUGACAAAACGUAACUUAAAGUGACAAAACUGAUCUUUUAUUUUGAAACAACCUUUUAGUAACAGACAUUUUUCUUGCUUCGCCCAUUUCCAAACAGAUUUGAAUUUAUUACUAGAAGCAUAAAAAUAUGUAUUGCUGCUUGCCAUGUUACUUCAACAGAAAGGUUGGCUAUUUUAAAAAAACAAAUCUGAUUGUAAGAGGGGAAUUUAAAAUAAUCUUGUGAAUUUACACCAUCAGUCAAUUUUAAUGUAGACUACAAUUUGGGCCCAGACUACUAUGUCCCCUUAACAUGUUCUGAUAAAAAUGAAGUGUAAACUUCAGCCUAAGAUUUCUUUAUGAUCCUGUUUAUGAACUUAUUGGCCUUGCAAAUGAUGCAGAUGAAGCAGGUCAAACAUCCUUCAGGACCAUACAUAUUCUCACAGAGAGAAGUGGUAUGCACAAAAAGCCUCAAACAGUGUUUGGUGUUUAGAGUUUUAUUCUAGUUAUUGAAAAUAGCAUUCACAAUGUAAAAUUACCACUGUAUCUAUCACCUGUAUAGUCUUCCAGUAGUGUUUGCAUAUUUAACUGUUUAGACAUUUUUACUGAGAUUCAUUGAUUGCGUACCUUCAAAUACAAAUAGUAAAUACUUAACCUGACUAGGUGCAUUGCAGGAUUAACCAUUUUAAUGAAGACCACAGACUACAUAUAUUGUUUGCCUGUACCCUAUUUUGGCAUUGUUUUAUGUCUGCCAUUUGUACAGUACUAAAAGAAGAAAAUGUACAGCAGUAUUUACAGCAAAUUGUGUUAAAUCACCUGUUUCAUUUAUCUUGGUAUAAUUAGUUUUUAAAAGUUUGAGUAAUUUAAACUGAAUUUAAUUAUGCUUGAAGUCUGUAUUCACAGUGUACAUAAUGUACCACACAAACUUGAACUAGAAACUGAUUGAGGGUAAACUAUAUAGGAUGUGAACACUGAAUUCCUAAUCUUCUGUCUAUAUCAGACAUGUUAGUAUAUGUUACUUAAAUUAUAAAAACCAGAAGCGGCAAACGUGAGACUCAUGCUGCACUCCUUAGACAAAAUUUCCACUGACAUCAAGGGGAUUGGGGUUGAGUGAUGUUUUGGACCCUUAUAGGAAAACUGUAGCUCUUCCUGUUCUUGAAAUAGAAUAUAUGAUUUGGGAGGGAUUUGAAAUGUGUUCCUCUGAAUGCUGCUUGUUAAAGUGAUCUACUUGAUGCUAUAUACACACACGCUACAUUUCAAAGAUUGAAAAAUCAUAUUUGUAUACUAGUAGUAAUGUGUGAUGGAAGGGAAACAAACGCUUUCCACAGGGCAAGGAUAUAUGGCUUUUGUCUUAUUUCCAUGUGUAGUGGGGUCCAUGUUUUCUAAAAUAUUAAAACUGUAACUUGGUUUAUAAAUAUAUAUGUUGGGCCUCUGAUAAUCAUAAAGGGAUUAUAAUCCCUAACAGGCCCCAUGUGGUUUUAGAUUGUUUUUCUGUAGAUGCCUGCUAAGAAGGUAUCUUUCUAAUCUCUGAGAGAAUAUAACCUGUGCUGUAUUAUGGUUGUCUCACCUUCAAUUAUAGGGCUUUAUUUUGCAUCCUUAAAACAAGCAAAUGCUGCAGUGUAUUGAAAAUAUCAGGUAGAAUAAAUUAAAGCCAA